AUGGCUAAUGAGUUAGACUGCAGUGAUAGUAGACUUUACGUGAAUAGUAAUAACGAUUUGUCGUCUGCGGUAGAAACGAUGCUAGAAGAACUUGAUAAUUUAGAGGACAAUACACAAAUUGAUAUAGGAGACAUGGACUUACAAAAUACACAAGUAGGUAAAAGACGAAGAGAACAUAAUGAAGAAGAAGAGUGGACCACGGUAACCAGAAAUGCAAAAAAAAAGAACAGAGAUACACAAAACCCCUCCAUUAUCCUACCCAUACAGGUUUCGGUCGUAACAAAGGACAAAUUACCUAAACAAUUUGCUCUUGCGAAACUUCUUAAAGUCAAUGAUAUUACCGAUAUAUAUAAAGUGAAAUACGCAAACCCAUAUAAGUUGUUAAUCACAUUUGAAACUGAAAGUAGCGCAGAGAAAUUCAUGAUCUGCCAAACAUUCACCGAGUUGGGUUGGAGGAGACAAAAGACUUGGGAGGUCGCCCUGUCAUACGGAGUUAUACGUGACAUCGAUCCCGAUUUGUCGGAAGAAGAUCUCUUAAAAGACAUAUCUUGCGAUGUUGAGGUUAUAACCGCUAAACGGCUAAAUCGUAGGACUGAAGAGGGGUGGAUUUCCAGUGAAACGGUCCGCAUUGGAUUUAGCGGACCUUCUGUACCACCGUAUGUAUAUUUAUUUGACUUAAGGGUUCGAGUCGAAACGUACAGGUUUCCGGUUACGCAAUGUUCCAGAUGUUGGAGAUUUGGUCAUGUGAUCAAAAUGUGUCCAUCAAAUAAAAUAAUAUGCCCAAAAUGUGGUCAACAUCACGCGAAUUGUGAAACUACGUCUUUCAAGUGCGUAAAUUGUUCAGGGAAGCACAUGGCUUUAUCUAAACAAUGCCCAAUAUUUAAAAAAGAAAGACAUAUUAGAGAGCUAAUGGCUGUUCACAAUUGCUCUUAUCUAAAAGCUGUAUCCAUGUACGUACCCUCGGGCCCAUUGCUUCAAUCGAACAAAAGGAGAAUCGAAACUCAAAGUCCUGCCAAGAACUCCACUCAGGAUGAACCUGAAUCAACUUUAAUAGCCACAGCAUCCUAUGCAGAAGUAGUAAAGACAAAGUUCUUGAAUAGUGAAAUACCUCGAAAUACGUCGAACCUGCAGAACAAACGAAAAAAAAAGAAUGUUCCCUUAUAUUUAACACCUAAUGUUAUAGCGCAAAUAGAUAUGACAACCAGUGAUGGUUCCUCUUCCGCAUUUGAGGAGGAACCGGUAAUCAGACAAGAAAAAUAA